UUCAGCUACUGGAUAAAGUAUUCUAACUGUGUCAACUUGUAUUGGACGGUAUGUUUAGCGCAAGGAGGGGGUUGCGUAAUGACACAAGCGACCGCACUGGGGGAUUUUCUGUCACACUUCGAUGAGGAUGGACCUGACAGCUGAGAGUCACUCCAUUCAUCUGAGUGAUGGAAACAGAAUACCUCUGAUAGGACUGGGAACCUAUGGGGAUCCCCGCACGACCCCUAAAGGAACUGCAUAUGAGUCAGUCAAAGUGGCUAUUGAAACAGGGUACAGACACAUUGAUGGGGCUUUGGUGUAUUUCAAUGAACAUGAGGUGGGACAAGCUAUAAGGGACACAAUCGCAGAAGGGACUGUGAAGAGAGAGGACAUCUUCUACUGUGGAAAGUUGUGGAACACCUUUCACCCCCCGGAACUGGUGAGACCUGCUCUGGAGAAAACCCUGAAGACGUUACAGCUGGAUUAUAUCGACCUCUACAUUGUCGAACUACCCAUAGCCUUCAAGCCAGGAGAUACAUUUUACCCCAAAGAUGAAAAUGGGAAGUACAUUUAUCACAAGACAGAUCUCCGUGCUACAUGGGAGGCUUUGGAGGCUUGCAAAGAUGCCGGGCUUGUAAAAUCUCUUGGCGUAUCUAACUUCAACAAGCGGCAACUGGAGCUGAUCCUGAACAAACCUGGGCUCAAACACAAACCUGUGUCCAACCAGGUUGAAUGCCAUCCCUAUUUCACUCAGCCAAAGCUGCUUGAGUACUGCCAGCAGAACGAUAUUAUCAUUGUGGGAUACAGCCCCUUGGGGACAUCUAGGGAUGCAUCCUGGGUAAACCUAAAAUGCCCCCCACUGUUGGAAGAUGAGCUGCUGGUAUCAGUUGCUAAAAAGUAUAACAAGACGUCAGCCCAGGUGGCCUUGAGGUUCAAUGUCCAGAGGGGAGUGGUGGUCAUCCCAAAGAGCUUCAACCCUGUUCGCAUAAAGGAAAACUUUCAGAUAUUCGACUUCUCUCUUUCUGAGACCGAGAUGAAGGCAAUUGAGGGUCUGAACAAGAAUAUUCGUUUUGUGGAGCUACUCAUGUGGUCUGAUCAUCCGGAGUAUCCAUUUCACGACGACUACUAGGCCACCGAUGUCAACACUUUGCUUAAAUUGAAUCAAACAAUUUGUUAAUUUUAUUGCUUUUACAUUUGGGCCUUAACUUUAAAAUCAUUUUGAUUACUUUUAUUGUACAUUUCAUGAAAUAUUUCUGAUACAUACUUAAUUUAAUGUGAGUUUAUUGAUACAGGAAAUUAGAUUGUUUCAAUAAAGCUCUGGUUUUAA